AUGGCCGGGCGCGGGUGGGCGGCGCUGUGGGCGUGCGUGGCGGCGGCCGCCCUGCUGCACGGGGGCGGGCUGGCCGGCGCCGACUGCUGGCUGAUCGAGGGUGACAAGGGCUUCGUGUGGCUGGCCAUCUGCAGCCAGAACCAGCCUCCGUACGAGGCCAUCCCGCAGCACAUCAACAGCACCAUCGUGGACCUGCGGCUGAACGAGAACCGCAUCCGCAGCGUGCACUACGCCGCGCUCAGCCGCUUCGGCAACCUCACGUACCUCAACCUCACCAAGAACGAGAUCGGCUACAUCGAGGACGGCGCCUUCGCCGGCCAGUUCAACCUGCAGGUGCUGCAGCUGGGCUACAACCGGCUGCGCAACCUCACCGAGGGCACGCUGCGCGGGCUGGGCAAGCUGGAGUACCUGUACCUGCAGGCCAACCUCAUCGAGGUGGUCACGGCCAGCGCCUUCUGGGAGUGCCCCAACGUGGUCAACGUGGACCUGUCCAUGAACCGCAUCCAGCAGCUCAGCGGGGCCACCUUCGCCGGCCUGGCGCGCCUCUCGGUGUGCGAGCUCUACAGCAACCCCUUCUUCUGCUCCUGCGAGCUGCUGGCCUUCCUGCGCUGGCUGGCCGCCUUCAGCAACGCCACGCAGGCCUACGACCGCAUGCAGUGCGAGUCGCCGCCCGUCUACUCCGGCUACUUCCUCCUGGGCCAGGGCCACCAGGGCCACCGCAGCAUCCUGCGCAAGCUGCAGUCCGUGUGCACGGAGGGCGCCCACGCGGCCCAGCCCGCGGGCCCCCGCCCGGCCGCCGCCGCCGCUGGCCGCUCAUCGCCGCCGCCGCCGCCGCCCCCGGAGCCCAGCGAGGCGCCCUGCCCCGACGGCGAGUGCUUCUCCGGCGACGGCACCACGCCGCUGGUGGCCCUGCCCACGCUGCCCACGCAGGCGGAGGCCCGGCCGCUGCUCAGGGUGAAGCAGCUCACGGCCAACUCGGCCACGAUCCUGGUGCAGCUGCCCAGCCCCUUCCACCGCAUGUACACGCUGGAGCUCUUCAACAACAGCAAGGCGUCCACCGUGUCCCGGCUGACCAAGGCGCACGAGGAGAUUCGCCUGAGCAACCUGUACGCGCUCACCAACUACACCUACUGCGUGGUGUCCACCAGCUCCGGCCUGCACCACAACCACACCUGCCUCACCAUCUGCCUGCCCAAGCCGCCGGGCGCACCGGGGCCCGUGCCCAGCCCCUCCACGGCCACCCACUACAUCAUGACCAUCCUGGGCUGCCUCUUCGGGAUGGUGCUGGUGCUGGGCGCCGUGUACUGCUGCCUGCGCCGGCGCCGGCGGCCCGAGGAGCAGCACAAGGCGGCGGCGGCGGCCGCGGCGGCGGGCAGCCUGAAGAAGAGCAUCAUCGAGCUCAAGUAUGGCCCCGAGAGGGAGGCGCCCGGCCUGGCGCCGCUGCCGCAGGGCGCGCUGCUGGGCGCCGAGGCGGUGACGCGCAUCCCCUACCUGCCGGCCGCCGCCGGCGACGUGGAGCCCUACAAGCUGGCGGACAGCGGCGAGCCGCCCAAGGCCAGCAAGGGCAGCUACAUGGAGGUGCGCACGGCGGAGGCGCCCGAGCGCAGGGACUGCGAGCUGGGCCGGCCGGGCCCCGACGGCCAGGGCUCGGCGGCCGAGAUCUCCACCAUCACCAAGGAGGUGGACAAGGUCAACCAGAUCAUCAACAGCUGCAUCGAUGCGCUCAAGUCCGAGUCCACGGCCUUCCAGGCCAAGCCCGGGGCCGCGGCCGAGCCGCAGCUGCUGCGGCUGUCCGAGCCGCUGGCCGCCAAGCACGCCUUCCUGGCGCCCGCCUACAAGGACGCCUUCUGCCUCGGCGCGCAGCGCAGCCCCCGCGCCUUCCGGGCCGACGCGGCCUCCGAGGGCACGUACCUCGAGAAGAGCUCCCCGGCGGCGGCGGCCGUCCUCACCGUGCCGCCCGCGGCCGACAAGGGCCGGCUGUGCGCCGAGCACCGGCACUCGUACCCGGGCCCGCACGCCGCCGAGCCGCCCGCGCCCGCGCCGCCGCACGAGGGCCUGGGCGCGCGCAAGCCGUCCAUCCUGGAGCCGCUGACGCGCGCGCGGCCCCGCGACCUGGCCUACGCGCAGCUGUCGCCGCAGUACCACGCCCUGUCCAGCCCCGAGUUCGCCUGCGCCGCGCCGCACAGCAUCUGGGAGCGACUGAGACUGGGCCGGCGCCGCCGCGGGGACCACGAGGAGUUCCUGGCGGCCGGGCACGCGCUGCGCAAGAAGGUGCAGUUCGCCAAGGACGAGGACCUGCACGACAUCCUGGACUACUGGAAGGGGGUCUCGGCGCAGCACAAGUCGUGAGGGCG